ACAAAACAUUAAGAAUUUUAUUACAAUUUUUAAGGGAACAUUCAUAAUUUCUUUUUUAUUUAGUUGUGAGUAACUGAUUAAAAUUUUCUAUUAUUGAACAUUUUUAGGAUUUGCUACUUUUUUUUAAAUAUUUUGUGGCAUAACCUUAUAUGACCUGUCAACUAAUCUUGUUAGAUAUAUUAAUAUUAUGAUUGUAUGUGGUCUCCUUUUUAAGAAAUUCAGAAAGAGGCUGUUAUGUAUCUCAACAUAAUAUCAUCGGAAACAUAAUAAUAAUGAAUAGAAAUAAUUAUAUUUAAUAAGAAACCUAAAGAUGUUCAAUUCAGGGAUUAAAGGAAAUCAAAGGUGUAAUGGGCUAAAGACAUCACCUGCUAUAGAUCAAAUACUUAACGAUAAGUUACUUUGUCAUACGAAUUAUACUAGUAAAAACAAAAUAGGAAAUAGAGACGUAUACAAUAAUAAAAAUGAUGAAGACCGAACAUAUGGUAAAGGCCCCGUGUAUUUAUCAAAUUCUGUAUAUAAUAGUAGUAAAUUUGCAACCCACGUGAAAUUAGAAACAGAUGAUUUAGAUAUUGCAGAUAAGAUUGGUUCCCACAGUAUUAUAGGUUUAAGUGAAUUGGGUGCAAAAAUUGAUGCACAGAAAGAUCCAACGAUAGUUAAACCAAGAUAUAAGAGAGGAAAUAUAAGAGAAACUCACCACGAAGUUCUUCAACGGAUAGAUUCUGAAACCGAUGUUUACAAUCAUUAUCAGCAACAUUGGUUUAGUGCAAGUCUUGAGAAAUUUAAGUUAGAGGAUAGAUCUAGGGAAGAGAGGAUUGAAAUAACUAGGCAUGAAUUCAGGAGACACAUCCAGCAGUUAGUGAGAAGUAAUGUAGGACAACCAAAUAGAUUUCCCGAUCUAUCUGUUCAGUACUCGAAAUGUUCUUCUCCCGCAUAUAGAAAUAAACAUAAAACUGGUUAUAACAGGCUUGUGGCACCAAGAAUAUGUGACGUUGAAAAAUGUUUACGACCAGCUUUACCCUGUACAAAACAUUGCACUUUACACAUUAUGUUAAAUACUGAGCAGGUGUUAUUUGAAUAUUGUACUGCCAAAUUCGCAGAUAAUACGCAAUGUGCUGCUCCCGUUUUCGAUAUUAUGCAUGAGUUGCCGCUUUGUGCAGAACACGCAAGAAAAAGGGACAAUUAUAAACUGUAUCAAGAGGCCAAACCAAAGAAGUUGAGGAAAAAAGUUAAACCAUCUGCUAUGAUUAGACCACAAAAAAGGAAUAAAAAGAAGAAGAAACUGAUUAAAACUAACGAAAUAUCCGGGCCGAGUGCAAUAUUGGAAAUACCCACGAGGACAUCUCCAGAAUCAGAAGUCGGUGAAAUAAUAGAAGAGUCACCGGAAUUAGAAGUUGAAGACAUGCAUAUGGUGGAUCAAGUUCUAGGAUUAAAUGAGAAUGGUUUGGAACAAGCAUUGGUAACACAAGCACACUUAUUAGAAGAAACUGAUAUUAACACUGUGCUUAGUACAAUACAGGUCGACGAAUUCAGUGACUUUUUUACAGUAAAUCGGAAUGGUGAAUAUGAACCAUCUCGGGAAGAAGCUGAAGAGCUAGAAAAAGCCCUGGCAGAAGUAGACAAUGAUGUGAAAUCCUUAGAAAAGUUAAGUCAAUCCCAAGGAUUGUUAGAUUCCCUCCUAGAUGAGCAUGCACUAGCAGAAUCAUUGGUACAAAUACCUGAAAUGUUUCACAACGGCUAUACGCCUUGCGGGGACAGCAUGGUCACUCAAACAUCUUCAUACCUCUUGCCUGUCGAACCACAUUCACAUUCUUAGUAGGUUGCUACAGAAAAAGUCACCUUUACAGUACAAUGACUCAUUAUUUCUAUCCUUAACUGGUAUAUAAAAGUAAGUGUUUGCACAUUUAAGUUUUCUAUAUCCAAAUGUUUUAAUGGUUUUCCUUUGGAAUCGGCUCAAAUAAGUACAUAUCCAUGACGAGUAAUCGAGUCAAUAAAAUAAAUAAUUAAGUAUGAGUUGGGCUUUAACUGUAUCACAAUGAUUUAUUAUAAAUUGGAAUUAAUUCUUCUUAAAUGUUUAGUCUGAAUGUCAAUUUGAAUUUCCCAAACGUAGCAGGUGUCUGUAACGUUUGGGACAAAGCCUUCAUUUUUAAACAUUAGGACAUUAUAAAUCGAGCUAAAAUUGCAGUACAGAAACAUACAAUACAUAAGUAGUAUUUUACUGAAACAUACAAUAUUCUAUAAUAGCAGAACUUUAUUAGACAUGUAAAUAUACAGGUAAUUCUUAUCGAAAAAUAGAAACACAACGAAAGUUUAUAAAAGGCUUCAUAUGUUCAGUAAAUUAAUUUCAGUGUAAUGAUGUAUGUUAAAGAAAACUAUUAAAACAAACGAUUAUAUUAUUUGAAAUUGAAGUGAA